CACAAUCGGUACCCCAAGUGGUGCACGUUUUGAUUUUUGCCCUAGAACUACACACCUGAUUUAAAUAAUCACAAAUCUUUUAUAAUUUCAAUCAACUGUGUAGUGUUAAAGAGAGAGAAAAAAAAAAAGGUGCACUCUAGACGUCCAAAGGAUACCAGCUUGCAGUGACCAUUUUAAAACGAUGGACAUUAUUCAAGCCAAUAAGACCGUCUAAUGUAUGCGCUCUCUCCAAUCAGGAUUGGACCGAGUGAAGAAAAGCGAGUGUGUACGGAAACCACCGAAAGGCAUACUGAUAUAACUGGGUUUAGUGCGUAGAUUUGAUAGUGUUCGGUCUUUUGUGUAACGGACGGUUUGGCCAGCCAAGAUAGUCUAAAGUGAGAGAAAAACCAACUGGAUGAUGAGUUAUCAAAGACAGAAUAUGAAGUGUCUUAAAAUAUUGUCUAUAACCGUCGCGCUGUUGAUAGCGCACAGCUCUGCUAUUAUAAGAAUUCCCCUCCACAAGACGCGCAGUAUGCGCCGCCUGAUGAACGACAAUGGGAUGAGUUUUGAACAACUCCAGAACAUGGCCAAGACCGUUGGUGGUGCAGGAACUGACARACCAACACCCGUACCAGCAACCACUCAGAGCCCGAAAGUGCCAGUUGAGAGACUCACUAACUUCAUGGAUGCUCAGUAUUAUGGGGUGAUCAGCAUAGGCACACCACCCCAGGACUUUACUGUGCUGUUUGACACCGGCUCCUCCAACCUGUGGGUGCCCUCCAUUCACUGCUCCUUCCUGGAUGUUGCAUGCUGGCUCCACCAUCGUUAUAACUCGGAGAAGUCGAGCACGUAUGUUCAGAAUGGCACCAAAUUCUCCAUCCAGUAUGGCAGAGGCAGCUUGUCUGGGUUCAUCAGUGGGGACACUGUGUCUUUGGCUGGCAUGCAGGUCACUGGUCAACAGUUUGGUGAGGCCGUGAAGCAACCUGGCAUCACGUUUGCAGUGGCACGCUUUGACGGGGUGCUGGGCAUGGGCUACCCUACCAUAUCUGUCGAUAAGAUAACCCCUGUGUUUGACACCGCCAUGGCUGCCAAGCUGUUGCCUCAGAACAUAUUUUCCUUCUAUAUUAGCAGAGUUCCAUUUGCUGCUGUAGGAGGAGAGCUGAUGCUGGGAGGCACGGACCCACUGUACUACACUGGAGACCUGCACUAUGUCAAUGUCACACGCAAGGCCUAUUGGCAGAUUGAGAUGAGCAGUGUGGAAGUGGGAAACCAGCUGACGUUGUGCAAGGCCGGUUGCCAAGCGAUUGUUGACACGGGAACGUCCCUCAUCACCGGGCCUGCGGAGGAGGUCCGGGCGCUGCAUAAAGCCAUCGGAGCCUUGCCUCUACUGAUGGGAGAGUAUUGGAUUGACUGCYAGAAGGUUUCCUCUCUCCCCGUCAUCACAUUCAACCUGGGAGGGAAGAUGUUCAACUUGACUGGAGACGACUAUAUCAUAAUGGAUUCCCAGAUGGGUCAGAAAAUCUGUCUGUCAGGCUUCAUGGCRAUGAACAUCCCUCCUCCGGCUGGACCGCUGUGGAUCCUGGGAGAUGUGUUCAUUGGACGCUACUACAGCGUGUUUGAUAGAGACGCAGACCGRGUGGGGUUCGCCCCUGCCAAGUAGAGGGGAGAAACCACAAACAACCCCUAGCCACAUGUGGAGAUCUGAAAGGAUUUGAUGGGUAUUAGCAAUAUAGUGGUCCUACCAAACCAAGGUGCAAGGUGGAGCUAGUACCUAUCAAAUCCCCACAGAUCAUGCUGAAUUAUAGGAGAGGCACACCACCAAAAUGAACAAACGCCCCCCAAAAGAAACUUGUCUUAGCCUAUUUUUCUUAUUUUGGGGGGGGCGGGGGGGGGGGGCUGUUUCUUAAUUUUCUUUUAAGACUAAUAAAAGUGUUCCCGGGUGAGUUUGGUGAAUGAUUAAUAAAUAGUUACAGAUCAAAACUGAUAUGAGCUGCUGUAUGCAGUUCAGCUUGGUGUUUUGUAUGAAGACGAAGUGGUACUGUUGUAUCUCCUAUCUGACAAUGCAACCACUUUUAUGUUUGGAAAGCAGAUUACUGAAUGCAUAUCUUUAUUCUAAAUACAUUUCCUUUGUAGAUGAAGCAGAAGACUGAAUGCAUAUCAUUGUAGAUUCAACUCUGGUUGAUUUAACAAAAACAAUGUUGACGUCCAGUGAAUUUGACUAUGUACCAAGGACCAGGGUACAGUAAUAGUAUCAAGGUUUCUCAAACUUUUUUUGUGAAACGAUGUCUUGUGAUGUGUACACUUGAACUCUUAUUGUACGUUGACCCCAAGACCAUGAUGCUUCCGUUAUAGCCUAAAUAAACUGGUAAUGCACUACAG